UUCUGCGUGUUUUGGUUCUAAAGGGGGAAGUUGCGAGAAAAAGAAAGGAGGAGACCUGAUCGGCUCUGAUGAAAUAAUUUGUGCAACAAGAAAACUUUAGCAGCCCCGUUGUUGUCAAGACCCCCGCGUCAGAAAUCCCUGUCCGCAUUGUCGAACAGCUGUCAGUGGUGGUAGCAGCCCUUUCGAGCAGAACGCCGGUUGUGGUUCUGGUUCCUGGAACAGGACUCUGGGGCGAUUCGGUCAUGGCCAGUCGAGGUGGAGCCACGCGACCCAACGGGUCCAACGCCGCCAACAAAAUCUGCCAGUUCAAGCUGGUCCUGCUGGGGGAGUCGGCCGUGGGCAAGUCCAGCCUGGUGCUCCGGUUCGUUAAGGGACAGUUCCACGAGUUCCAGGAGAGCACAAUAGGGGCCGCUUUCCUGACCCAGACUGUGUGUCUGGACGACACAACGGUGAAGUUUGAGAUCUGGGACACGGCUGGACAGGAGCGCUACCACAGCCUGGCGCCCAUGUACUACAGAGGAGCCCAGGCGGCCAUUGUGGUCUAUGACAUCACAAACGAAGAGUCUUUUGCGCGAGCGAAAAACUGGGUGAAAGAGCUGCAGAGACAAGCAAGCCCCAACAUCGUCAUCGCCCUGUCCGGGAACAAGGCCGACCUGGCCAACAAGCGCGCCGUCGACUUCCAGGAUGCACAGUCGUACGCUGAUGACAACAGCUUGCUGUUCAUGGAAACAUCGGCAAAGACCUCAAUGAACGUCAAUGAAAUAUUCAUGGCAAUCGCGAAACGGCUGCCCAAGAACGAGCCGGCGGCCGCCAGUGCAACCAGCGGGCGGAACCGGGGGGUGGAUUUAACGGAAACGGCCCAGCCCGCCAAGGCCCCCUGCUGCAGCAACUAACCAGCCCCGCCCCUUCUUAUAGCCCUGCCCCUUCUUCCCCAUGCCCCUUUCAUCUUCCCAGCCCCGCCCCUUCUUAUAGCCCUGCCCCUUCUUCCCCACGCCCC